AUGGCGACCCCUUUGGGAAACCGUUUUGAGCAACUGCCGACUCCGGCAGAAGAGCCUAUUGCCGGCUCAACCACCGACCAGCCUGGUGCCCCAGCACCAGAGGGAGUGCAGCAGCAGCCAGCGCCGGCGAAGCGCCCAACGCUGCCCGAGAAGCUCAAGUUCAAGGAAUUCGCCAAGUCGAAGUCGCGGAACCCGUACCCGGACGAGAUCCACGGCAUUCCCCUAGAUGCCGUUCACAAGGGCUAUCGCAAGAGGGACCGGCCUGACUUUGGGCAGCUGAAACCUCAAGGUAUGCCGGCCGAGGUUCAUUUCCUGGACAAGAACCUGCGCGCCCAGUGUCAGCGCAAAGGUCAGCUAUCCCGGGCAGGUGUGGUGCAGUUCGACUCGAACAAGUCCCUUGUCAAGGUGUCCUUCCAACCUGACAGCCAGAUGUCUUCUAUCAUGCUACAUAUCCAACGCGAAGAGGGAAAGGACGUCCUAUACCAAGUCUUUGCCAACUCUGUCCGCCCAGCCGAAAAGAAAGAAAGACAAGACCAGAGGACACCUCCCGGCAUCAGGAUGAUCUCCUUUCAGCAAGACAUCGAUGGAAAGGCUGAGAAGGAGUUUACUGGGAGGUUUGCCCGCGGCUAUGGCAACCUUACCGAAAUGGCCCAGAGGAAGAACCUGCUGAUGACUCUGCUCAGCCUUGUCCCACCAGGCGAGACUGCUAAGAAGGGCUACAAAUGUUGCCCUGUGUGGUCUCGUCUCACGGAUUUUGAACUGCAGGACAUUAGGAACAAGUCCAUGACUGCACGGCCAGCAAGCUUCGGAUCCUUCUGCUUGGCGAUGUCGAAGAUCUAUGUUUAG